UUACAAAACUCCGGAGCAGUUCUGUUUGUGGCGCCAGAGCGAAGCUGACCGGACGGGUUUCCCGUAAAUUAAACAGCUCGUGCUUCCGUGCAGCCGGAGGUUAUGGACAGAGCGCGUGAAACCCUGUCAACACAUGGAGGUGAAACAAACUAACCUGCUCUUUAACCGAGACCUCACCGAGAGGCGCCGCGUCUGACCGGACGGUUUGCAUGAAGGUCGCCAGGUGAGAUGCAGGGAGUGGUAACUGAGGUACGCACCAGGUGAAAAAUGAGUAAAAAGUAUGAGUCAGCAAACGUCUCCGAGGUGGAGGAGCAUAUUUCUCUCAAAUAUGAAAUCAAGAAGAGACUUGGGAAAGGGGCAUACGGCAUCGUCUGGAAAGCGGUUGACCGACAGACAGGCGAGAUUGUGGCUGUGAAAAAGAUCUUUGAUGCCUUCAGAAACAGGACCGAUGCCCAGAGGACUUUCAGAGAAAUCAUGUUCCUUCAGGAGUUUGGAGAUCAUCCCAACAUCGUCAAACUCCUAAAUGUCAUCAGAGCGCAAAACGAUAAAGACAUUUACCUUAUCUUUGAAUAUAUGGACACCGACCUGCACGCAGUGAUAAAGAAAGGCACUCUUCUGAAGGACGUCCAUAAACGCUACGUGAUCUAUCAGCUCCUUAAAGCCAUCAAAUACCUCCAUUCAGGGAACGUCAUCCACAGAGACCAAAAGCCGUCCAACGUGCUCUUGGACGCUGACUGCGUUGUCAAGCUGUGUGAUUUCGGCCUGGCCAGAUCACUCAACCAGAUCCAGGAGGACAGUGGGAAUCCUGCACUGACGGAGUACGUCGCAACGCGCUGGUACCGAGCGCCUGAAAUCCUGCUGGGAUCCGCAAGGUACACUAAAGGCGUGGACAUGUGGAGCCUCGGCUGUAUCCUGGGAGAGAUGCUGCUGGGAAAGGCCCUGUUUCCCGGGACUUCCACCAUCAACCAGAUAGAGAAGAUCAUGAGUGCCAUACCACACCCCAGCCCGGAAGAUAUUCUCGCAAUCAAGUCAGAGUAUGGAUCGUCUGUCAUUCAGAGAAUGCUGCUAAAACCACAGGUGCCUCUGGAGGAUCUUAUCCAGCCGUCUGUGCCCCCCGAUGCUCUGGACCUGCUGAGGGGCCUGCUGGUAUUUAACCCAGACAAGCGGCUGACAGCAGAGCAGGCCCUCCAGCAUGCAUAUGUAGCCAGGUUUCACAAUCCAGCCAAAGAAUCAGCUCUCAACUGCGACGUAGUGCUGCCGGUGGACGAUGACGUGCAGCUGUCUGUGGUUCAAUAUCGCAAUAAGUUAUAUGAGAUGAUGCUGGAAAGGAAGACGAACCACGGGAUGCUGCGGCUGAUCCAGCCGAAGGACGGAGGCUGCGUGAGCGGCAGGGAGAAGCCCGCGGUGACAAGUCAGAGAGCAGAGAAGAGCCCGGCGGAGGUGAACUCCGAAAGAGACGGCAGACGCGAGGGAAAACCACAACGUGAGACAAACCAGGUGCCUUCUCACCUGGGAAUCGCCAAGCAUGAGGCUGUUAAUGCACCGAGCUCACCUGCUGUGGAGAGGAAGAGUCCCACUGAAAUCCCUGGAUUAGGAAAGCCCACAUAUAACCCCAUCACUCACGCCCCAAAUGGUUUCGUUCGGAGUCCUGCUGCUCCGGUUCAUCACUACCACUCUGCAGCCGGCGGCAGGAAACCAGUUGCAGAGACCAGUAAUGGAAAUGCGACUGCAUCACCAACAGAGAGCGCCAGCGCUGCUGUACAGUCCAUGGACCAGAUUCUCCAGCGUGGCCGCUCAGCGCCGGCCACUCAUAACCGCUCCUUCUCUUUGAACCUGAACCAAACCCAGAACAACCCGCUGGUCCGCAAGGAUGAGCCGUCGUUAUCUGCCGGGCUGCAUGUCGCAUCCGCGCGCUUGAAUCAACGUUUAAAUUGUCAUGGCAGAGAAUCCCGUCCACCGCCACGGUUCAGCAAGAAAGUGUUUCAGACUAACUGCAACGUGUCUGCUGCCGGGGACCCUCGAGCCAAACUGGGCAGCUACUCUCAGGCCUACGGCACCAUCAGCAAGACGGGGCUGGACGACCUGCUGCAGAGGCGCCCGCAACACCAGUGACUGCUGUCAUAUCAGUGGAUCAAUACGGCCAGGGCGGCUCCACUGUUUGAACACACAACAGACUUUGCCUUAAGCGUCUUGUGAUAAGACGUGAUGUACGUGGCAAACAGAAAAUGUUCUUGUAAAAAUAAACUAUUAAGACUGUUAGAGUAGAGGCCGCGUAUACACUGUUAAGAUUCCGCCCAUGGAGAGAUGGAUUUACAUUUACUGUCUGUGUCAGUAAAAUCUAGUGUGGUUUAUCACAUUCAGUUCAUAUAAAUAUGUAACUGGAUGUAAUUUUCGCAAAAAAGAAAAGAUUUUAACGUGAAAUUACACAAGUUUGAGCAACCACAAAUGAAAAUGAUAACAGAUUCUCUGCAUCCUAAACAGAGACUGAGGACCUUAUUUUCACUGUGGCCUGCUCUGUCUGUGUCCCAUGUUUUAUUUGGUAAUUCAACUCGUGUGUUGCUUUCAGAAUAUGCGCCACUGUAGCACAACAUCAGCAAACAUGUCUUCUCUACUUGUGUCUCUACUAGCGAGUCCCUGCCUCAACACUGAAAUGAUACAUCUCCCCAAACGCAUUUACUGUUAUAUAAAUGUCACAAUCAAGCUCAGUGAGUCUAGAUGCCUCCACAGUGUGAGAAUAUUACGGUUUACAUGCUAAUCUCUGAAGUUACUGCCUGGCAAGCUUUUCAGUUGAACAUUUUCAUGGUAGAAAAGCAGAAUACAUGUGAAAUAUGCAAACCGGAGCAUUUUUUUAUGUGUUGUGAGUUUACCAUGUGGAUACAGAAUAAGCCUGCUUGUUUUCUGGUGUGUAUAGAAUGCAAAUCCUGAAAGAUAAUUUAUGCCGCUAACCACAAUCAAUACUGACACGGAACUGACAUAUACUGUACCAUGAUCCUGUGCUCAUAAACAAUGUAACAACCAACAUUAAACAUGAUUUAAAAUAUCUAUAUCCACUUCUAACCCUAUAGACACUGUGACAACAAUGUAUAUAAGUGGCUAAGGUAUAGAUUUUAAAUGGCUGCUGUCAAAUAAAUACAGCAGUGUGGAAGCUGUUCCCUCUGACAU